AUGGACGGCCCUGAGAUGAAGGGACCCGCGCGGAUCCUGGUCAACGACAAGGAGGUUAACCACGAGGGGGGCCUCCGCAAGGUGAAGAACUGGUUGAAGGGGCUAGCCAAAAAUGUGCUCGCACAGGAGGACCCGGAGGACGCCUUUCCCUCCAACAACAAGGCUCUGCGGAACACCUUCUGGGUGUCUCAGCUGAACGUGGCCCUGAUCGGGGAGGACGGGCUGACCCCGGCGAAGGAGCACGUGGAGCAGGUGGUGCAAGAGCUGCGCGGCGAAGGCGUCUGGGCGAAGUUUCGGAGCUUCCACUCGCUGUUCUGGUUCCUCCCGGCGAGCGAUUUGGUGCUCACGGCGUUGCCGGUCGCAGGCAUGCUGCUCUCCCUGGCGGCCCUGCUGCUGAACCGAAUUAACCUCCUAACGGUGGUGCCAAUCUACCUGGCGCUGCAGUCCAUUUACAGCGUGGGGAACAUUUGGUACGGCUACGCCUUCGAACUGGAGUUGCUAGAAUUGGUCUUUUUGACUCUCCUCUUGGUGCCCCUCUGCGGGAACCACCUCAAGAGCAGGUAUUCCACCACGCCCUUUGUGAGAUACGUCUGGCGCUUCUUCAUCUUCAAGGUGUUAUUAGGGUCAAGCUUAAUCCGUUUCAGGAACAGCCAUUUGUGGGGUCACUUGGAGGGAAGAUACUACCUAUACGAGACGCAGCCGUUUCCGUCGAUCGUGGGAUACUUCCUGCAUGGUAGUCAGACGAUGAGCAAACUAGAUAAUCUGUUUUGCAUCCUAACCGAGUGCGUCUUCUCCUUUUUUAUUCUUUUCCCUGUGAGAUCCUUUCGGCUGAUAGGUGGGUCGUUGAUAUUGCUCUACUGCCUUUUGAACUUCCUCACCGGUAAUUCCUACCUCUUCUACGUGUUGCUGUUGGCUCCGCUCAUGUUUUGCUUUGACGAUGAGGUGUUGCUUCCUUUUGUUUUGAAGGGGAGGAGGAAUGAGGUGCUCUCUGUGGUGAGGGAGAAGGCCGCGCAGCUGGCUAGAAGCAGGGGGUACUUCCGAAGCUUUGACAUCUUCUUCUGCACGGGAUUGAGUGUGGACGAGGUGAACAAGAUGAGGGACGCCUAUUUUAGGAUAGACGCGGGGGGGGGAGGCGGCCUCUUCAAUGGAGGAAGCAACACACGGGGGGGGUCACCCCAAGCUGAGAGGGAGCACCUCCUCGGCAGGGGAACUCCCAGCCGCGAAACGAAUUUCCACGCAGAGGAAGCAACCCCAAUUGGGGGCAUCAAAACGGACGUGCUCAACGCGCUCCACUGGGCAUUCUCCAAAAAGGGGCCACAAUAUAUAUUAGAAAAUUAUAACAUCUCGAGGGAGCUCAUCAUCCACGUGUUGUGCACCUGCAUCAUGACCUCCUAUAACAGCUGUGUGCACAUUGCGUAUUCCACGCGGGGGUCCAUUUUGCUCUUUUUUGUGUAUCUCUCGUGUUUCCUCCUCUACAUGGUUUAUCUUUUUUUUUUCACAACAAGUGUUGUCUCUCGUUUGGCUAGCCAGCUGGGACUGCUCCUGAGCGUCGCCCUCAUCUACACGAAUGGCAUCUUCGUUAGUGGCUUCUCCGACGCGUAUGUCUCUGCCCUCUUCUCCCUUCACCUUUUUUUUUUACUCUCCCUGUCCCUUUUCUACGUGAAAAAUGACCGGUUCGUUGUUAAAUUUUUGUGCCAGUAUUUCUACUUCAUCCUGUUCGCCUCCUUCUUCUGCUUCUUCGUGCAAAACGUUUUGUCUCCGCUGCAGGUGAUGAAUGAGGAGUACGGCAGCUUCCAGCUGAUGAGCGUUUACGGGUCCUUCGGGAGCAUUAAUCAAGUCAGGCGGGAGAUCAUCAUCAGGGGGAGUCGCUCAACUGAUGGGUCUUCUAGGACAAACUCCUUGGAAACACUCCCCAUCGUGGGAACGCCCCCCCCCGGGUGGGACGACUACCAAUUUAACUGCAAACCGGACAGCGUACAGAAGCCGCUGUGCAGCCAGUUUCGGCUCCUUUAUGGCUUCCUCCCCGUGCUGUAUGUAGACAGAUUAGAUUUGCAAUUCAACCAGCUAAGUUACAGUGAUGAUGAGACCAUCUUGCACACUCCAUGGUUUAGGAAGUUCCUAAAGAAGCUCGCUGCCAAUGAUGAAGCUGUCCUAUCGCUUCUGUAUAGGACCCCCUCCUUUGUAACCCCCUCUGGGGGGAAGAACCCAGCGGAGUUCGCUCCCAUCCAUUUGACCGUCUCCAGUGACGUCUACACGUUUUCUACACAGGGGGAGAAGAACGCCUGGUGGGAGGUCCUCUCCUCCAGGGUCAUCCUUGAGCAGCAGGGCCGCCUCUCCCCAAACAGGGGGGCUAACAAAAUUGGGAAACACCCUGGGGGGGGCCGUCCAGGUGAACAUAGCACCCUCCUGCAUGUAGGCGGCCCUACCGUCAUUCAGCAUAGGAACAGGGCCGCAUCCCGAGACGCAUCACGAGACGCAUCCCGAGGUGGCCACUAUUUCUCCAAAGAGGGAGACCCUUCAGAGGGGGAGCUCGAAGAGGCAGGGGCGGCAAACGAGGCAAACGGGGCAGGAGCCACCGGGAGGGAGUCACUCCGCGGGAAGAUCCGCACGCAGGAAAGGAACAGAUACACUCAGAAGAAGAGGAAAUUCUUUAGGCAAAAAAAACUGCAGGAGUUGAGAGCAGAGGGGGGGGAGAGGGACUCAGAGGAGGAGGCGCAGACGAUGGAGGGGAUUGCCAACACGGGAAGGGGAGGCGAAGGGGAGCCAUAUCAUCAGUUGGAGGGCGCGGUAGACGUGGCGGGCGGCAUGGCAACCGAGGCGCACGACGAAGAGACCGACGGGGAAAACCUCUUUUCCGCUGCGAAGAAGAUGGAGGCUGCGCGGGAGGGGGCAACUGGAGAGGAAGCACAAAAAAGGGAAGACAAGAUGGGGGGCGGGGGGAUAGAGAAAGGAAGUCCCAAUGGGGUUCUUCCCAGUGUGAUACCUCCCAACGGGGUUCUCCCCAGUGUGAUACCCCCCAACGGGGCACUCUCCCUCCACGGAGCGAUCCAAAAGGAGAUGGAUGAGGCCAUCCGAAACUCCUACAAGCAGUAUGGGCUGCUCAACGACUUUUCCCAAAAAAUUACAAAGCUGGGGUUUGUCAACCGGGACCAGGGGAGGAGUCGGUACGGCGAGAUUAGGCAGUUGCUGGCCGGCCGUCGGGGGUGA